AUGAGCGUCAUCCACAUUGUGCAGUUCCAAUUCAAGGAGCUCGUCCCGAUAGACGACGUGAAGUCGAUAUGCGACUCCAUGCUGGCGCUCCGAGACAACUGCAUCCACCCGACGUCCAACAAGACGUACAUCAAGUCCAUCGCGGGCGGGCUGGACACCAGCCCGGAGGGCCUGCAAGACGGCAUCACGCACGUCUUUGUCGUCGAGUUCGAGAGCAGCGAGGACCGGGACUACUACGUGCACAAGGACCCGGCGCAUCGGGCGUUCGUGGAGAAGGCGGGCCCGUCGAUACUUAAAGCGCGGGUGGUCGACUUUACGCCGGGCGUGUUCAUCAUCUAG